AUGCCAGCUCUUACAAAGGCUUCGCUGUGUGGCGUCCCGACGGGCUGGCCCAGGACCCAGUAUGGCAGCUCUGUUGUGGGCCAAAGAGGAAGCCCGAGUCGGAAUGGCCUCAUGGGAGGAAAGGUAUUCCUAGGCUAUCAGCAUCUUAAGAGGCAGGACUUUGCUCCCUUGAUUGUUUUCAACCAAAAGCUGUCUAAGAGUUGUUGCUCAAAAAGUUUCAUGGAUGGAAGCCUCCAAAGCCUCCAGUCGCUCCAGCUGGCGGGCCUCAUGGGCUUCCCUCCGGGACUGGCCACAGUCGCGGCAGCCGGAGGCGACGACGCCAAGAACCCGGCAGCCGUGCUGCCCUUGAUGCCACCGGGCGUGGCCGGUCUGCCCAGCAUGUUCCGGCUCGGAGGGCUGCUCAACGCCCCGCUGUCUGCCGCCACCGGGAGCCCCGCGGACCCCGAGGACGGUGCGCCCAGGGCAGAGGAGAAGGGCGGCGAGCACGAGGACAGGAGCAAGGGCCCGGAGGAAAGCACAGACGCCGCCGCGGCCCGGCCUCUGCGAACGGAUCACGGCUGGAAGGACAGGGUAGGAGCUGGGAGAGAGCAAGAAUGCCAAGGAGGAAGGGAUGCCAAGGAGAUGUUUCUGGCGACGGAGCAGCUGGCUUCCUGCUGUCACCGAGAUUGGCCAGCCCAGGAGGAUCCUAAUUAUGGCACAACUAUUGCCUCCAUAAUCACUGUGACAGGAGCUGUGUGGGCCAGAAGGAGAUGUGAGAUGGAGCCGGUUGAUGCUGAAGAGGAUGUUGGAAUCACUGCUUCUUGCCCCAGCUUCAAACCAGAGGCUAUUAUUGCCAGCUGCCUGCUAAGGUUGAACCAGCUGCUGCCAAGAAAAGGGCCAGCCACCUCUUCUGCCUCAUUUCCGGGAUGCACCAGCCGCAGUCUGCAGGUCUCUCUCUGCGUCGUCUGGCCAGAGGGAGUGGACAGACUGCCAGCAAUGGGUUUUCCUCGAAAUUGUGAUAAGAAAUCUGAGAAAGUGGCAACCCUGCAGGAGAAAGAAAACCAUGACAAGCUGACGGUAGACCUCGAUCUCUACAAAACUGAUGUGCUUUUAAAACUAAGAACAAAAGUUAUUAAAUGUGCAGCCAUCUGGUUUUCAGCUGAUGAGGACCUGAGUGAAGAGGGCAAAAGUAGGAAUGGAAAGAUCACCAGGUAUUUGUGCAGCGAGGCAGUUGAACUUGAUUUCUAG